AGUUGACAGCAACUGCCACCACAGCUGAUUGAUAGAGACGCAUGGCCAUCGCCAGUAAAUAACAAUAACAUUCAUUUUUGUUGAAACACCAAAACAUUUAAAAUUAAAACAAACUCUUAGUGGAAACACUUAAAAUGAGCUCUGGUCUCUUGUUUCGCUGCAGAGUCGCCUUACAACGGCUCGAACAGUUCCUGCCUAGUUUGUUGGGUUUGCCGGGACGAUUUCCACCGCCAGGUUCCCUAGCCUUAAUCGGCAUCGAAGGUAGCCGAAGACCGAUUCCGACCGGCGACGCAGGUAAACCAUUCAGUUGGAAGGAUUUGAUUGGCGAUGGGAUCCUAUGGGCCGCCCCAAAGCACCGACGGACAGUCGAAAAGCGUCUGAAACGGAAGUAUGGUAGUCCGGACUACAAACUAAAAAUCUUACUUCCCAAGAAACAUUUACGAAUCUGCAGUACCUGUGGCGGUGAUCACGAGGUGGGAGUUUUGUGUCCAACUUGCUAUAAGAAAAUACGCCAGGAAACGGAACUGAUUCAGGAGAAGAUACAGACCCAACUGGGAUUGGAUCCAGUCGACAAGGAAGUUGUUGUGCUGUAUGACCGCGAACGGGAUGACCAGUCGGAAGAGUACUGGAUGGGCAAGCGAAUCGUUGAGAUGGAGAAAAGCCGCCCGGUUUGGUUUGGAAAGAAUCUGCUCCAGCGAAGUACCGAAGAACAGCAGCCAGCCGAGGUAAAACCGGACGUUGAGAAACUGGGAUAGGAUUGUUUAAUAAAUCGUUAAAAUAGUA